UCUGCAGGCUGCACGCAAACUGAACUGCCCGAGUUGCAGCCCCAGCCGCCUGACUCUUGCCCCCAUCCUCCCCAAGCGAGGACUCAGCGGGCGGCCUGAGUCGCCCCGACAACCAGCAGCACAGCCCAGUCAGCACAGCCGGAGCCCUGGCUGCCAGAAGAGCAUUGAUCGUACUGGCCCACGCAGAGACGACGUCCUUCAACCAUGCCAUGAAGGACGCUGCUGUAGAGGCCUUGAAGAGCAAAGGAUGGGAGGUCACUGUGUCAGACCUGUAUGCCAUGAACUUCAAUCCCGUCAUCUCCAGAAGGGACAUCACAGGUACACUGAAGGACCCCGGGAACUUUCAGUAUCCUGCCGAGUCUGUUCUGGCUUAUAAAGAAGGCCGUCUGAGCCCCGAUAUCGUGGCAGAACAAAAGAAGCUGGAAGCUGCAGACCUUGUGAUUUUUCAGUUCCCGCUGCAGUGGUUCGGAGUCCCCGCCAUCCUGAAAGGCUGGUUCGACCGAGUACUCAUAGGGGGGUUCGCGUACACGUAUGCUGCCAUGUAUGACAACGGACCUUUCCGGAAUAAGAAGACGGUGCUCUCCAUCACCACUGGCAGCAGCGGCUCCAUGUACUCUCUGCAGGGUAUCCACGGAGACAUGAAUAUCAUUCUCUGGCCAAUUCAGAGUGGCACUCUGCAUUUCUGUGGCUUCCAAGUCCUGGAACCUCAACUGACAUACAGCAUUGGGCACACUCCUGUGGAUGCGCGAAUUCAGAUCCUGGACGGAUGGAAGAAACGCCUGGAGAAUAUUUGGGACGAGACGCCACUGUAUUUUGCUCCAAGUAGCCUCUUUGACUUAAACUUCCAGGCAGGAUUCUUAAUGAAAAAGGAAGUGCAGGAUGAGCAGAAAAACAAAAAAUUUGGCCUUUCUGUGGGCCAUCAUUUGGGCAAGUCCAUCCCAGCUGAUAACCAGAUCAGAGCCAGAAAAUGAGACUCACAAGACUGGGUUCCUUUUAAAAAUGUAGCCUAAGCUAGGUUUAUUUCUCAGGCUUCCUUGACUUGCUUUAGUUUUUAAGAUUUGUGUGUUUUUUUUUUCUUUCCACAAGGAACGAAGAGGAGGCAGAAUUGACUGUAUCCAUGUAUUUCUGGAUAGUCUCAUUAAAUGUAACUGGUUCUAGUGACUGCUCUCAUGGCAAAACCUGGUUAGGCUCAAGAAGCCACUGAGGAUAUGAAGCAGGGAAAAAGAUGGAGAAAGAUGUGAGACAAUAUUCUUCAAGGUCCUCUACACAAUUAAAUUCCUCUUUUUAGGGCUACAUUUUUAGGGCUAAAUCUGGCUGGAGAGUAUCCAACUCUUCGAUGAUACAUUUUCCUUUUAAUUACCUCUGGUUUAUGGCAGAAGGGAACUAAUUGCUCUAAGAAAUGGCUGAAUCUGACACAAGGGACUUGUUUAGUAGUUACUAAUUUGUGCUUGUUUAUGAUAGAUACUGGUUUGAAUUACUACACAGUGACUAAUAUGCCUUAUGUGUGUGUUACUCUUGCUUCACCUUUUGUUCUUUAUACACAGCACACACAGAUACUUUGAAUGCAAAGACGAUAAAACUCUCUUCUUUACCUCAAUCUUCGAAUUUCAUGUCGGCAGAAAUAAACCAACAUAUCUAUACGCUACGUCUGCUACAGUGAAUGAAAAAAACAGUUACUCCCAAUAUUUAACAACAGCCUUCUGCAAAUACUCCUUUACGUCUGAGCGACAUCACAGUCUGGAAGGGUUUCUUCUCUGCCAUUGCUGACCUGAUGACUUUCCAUUUGGAUGCAUUUUGGUUCCACAGUUUUGGGGAUAAAGUUGUAGUCCUAGAGUUUCAUUAGCCUUGAACAAUUUUGGCAUAAUAUUCCAACUUCCAGUUGAAAUUAUUGAAGUGUGACUCACUGUCAGUAUAAUUCAAGUAGAAUAUGAUGAAAGGCUGCCCUCUGGUGGUGUAUUGAAAGAAAACACGAGAGAUUUUGCAAAGCAAGGUUGCCUGAAACUGGGAACAGGUCCCAUACCUGCCAAGGAAAUGGGGGCGGCAGGCCAGAGACCCUCAUGGGCCAGAUGCCAACAGGCAAUUGGGUAAUUUCCCCCUACAAGAUACAUAAUGGCAGAUGGCUGGCUGCUUCAGCUUGAAAAUAUUUUCUUGUUGCCUUCCUGCUCGCUGUAAUUUUGUGUAUGUUUCUGAAAGCUCCAAA